AUGAUCAGAAGACAAGUGGAACCAAAAUUACAGAGACAUUUAAGUCGGCAACAGUCGGAAGUUGAGCAGUUGCUGAAUCGCCUUUCGGCUCAACUGCCGAAUCCAAGCGAUCGCCUUGUAUGCAUAAUCAAUAACUAUGAUGUUAUACUCAAUAUUUUGGAGGAACGUGUAACAUGUGAAUCAAAAGAGAAAUCGUCAUUUUGGGAGUUGCAACAAACGCGAGUUAGUGAUUAUGUUGAGGCUAUGUUAUGGCCGCAUUUCGGUGAGUUGAUCACAUUUGUGACCGAAUGCGAACCGCUCAUCGAACAAGGACAUACACAACUGCUGAUUCGAUAUUCGGAGAAAGUCACUGCAAUUGUGCGAUCGUUCAGUGCAAAUUGGAAGAAAUCAAUUGACGCUAUCAAUAAGCAAAUUCUUGAAUCUUUUACAAACUUCAAGAAUGGCACUAAUAUUUUGCAGGUUCAUUUCUCAAAUUUUCUCUAUGUUUUUUUUCCAAUUCAAACUUUUGUUUAUUUGGUUUCUGAAUAUUUGUUUAACUAUGAAAUGAAUGCUUCAUGA